UCAGUAUCUCCACAGGAAGACGAGUCUGCAGGUUGACGCUGCCUAGAAGGAAGAGAAGACUUUUUUUUGUCUUGUCCUUUUGAAGAUAAACAUCAUCUUUGACAUCUGCAUCAUUUUCAUUUGAAGGAUGCUGACCACAUCUCUACUUAUGUUCACCAUGAUGGCUCUGACUAGAGCAAAUGACAUCAGCAGCAUUUCAGAUGUCACUGGCUCAAGCUUUGGACCAGUGCCUUGUCCUCAAAAUUGGACUGAGUAUAAUGAUCACUGUUUCCAAUAUGUUGCAAGAAACUUGAGUUGGGCCAAGGCUCAGAAAAACUGUCAGUCCUUGAAUGCAAACCUUGCAUCGAUACACAGCGUUGAGGAGUACCAAACCAUUCAGGGCCUUAUAAUGGAAAUCACUGCACAGGAUACACAAACAUGGAUUGGAGGCACAAAUUGUGAAGAGGAGGAUUCUUGGUUAUGGAUUGACAAUACAUAUUUCAAGUACAAAGCAUGGUGUGAAGGAGACCCCGGGGGUUUUGAAAAACGACAGUGCUGUCUGCAGAUUAAUUAUGGAGAUAACAAAUGCUGGCAUGCUGCAAAGUGUUUAACCUCACUUCCAUCAAUGUGUGUCAAAAAGCCUACUGUCAACGCAUAGACAUGCAUCCAACUCGCACACACAGUGGAGGAGCGAUUGCAUGAAUGUUUGCAUACUCAGCUGUGUUUACAUGAGCAGUCCUAAAGUGUAAUCCUAACAUGUCUACGUCUCGUAUCUCAACUGUAAUUAUUUGACUAGGGCAGAUAUGUUCCAUUUCCACACUAAGGACACGAAGAGGAGCUUUAAUAGUUAUAAAACAAAUGCUUUAUUAUCCUCACAGAAAAACAAAAUCCUUUCUUGUAUUACUGGUUUCCAAAAUUAAAAGCUUCAAGUACUGAAA